GUGUGUUAACCUUUAUUUUAGUAUCAUUUUUAUUGAAUUAUAAGUUAUUUACAUGUAAAAGUGAACACUAAGACAUGUGAUCUGUUGCUGGCAGCCUGAGAAUUCAUUUUACACUCAACUCCAGAAUGAUUAGUUUGAACUUUUCAGAAAAAUGGGUUAAAAUCCACCUCGUAAAACCCACUGAGGCGAAUGAUCCGAGCUGUAGGGAUGUUUCUGCACGUGGAGACGACUCGAUUCAAUUUGCUAUCAGUAUUUAGUGAACAGUGUAAAACUCAGACAGAGUGGACUUCACAUUAACUAAACCACAUUUCCUGUUCUACAAGUGAACUUUCAACCUUCAAAAUCACACAGGGGGUGUGUUCAAGGUCUCGCUAUCCGGUAUCCCCCAGAUGAAGACGGGUUCCCCUUUGAGUCCGGCGCCUUUGAAGCUUCUUCCGCAUGUCUUCUCAGGGAGUUUCCCCCUCACCACACUCACCUUGGGUUCACUCAUCAGGGGAAGAUGCUAUUGGGAUGUUGGUAUGGGAGUCGGAGUUAAAGAGCUCGGGUUUUAGUCCCACACCUGAUACCGGUAUAGGGUAGACAUGUUCUCCAAAGGCACCAAGCGCAAGUUUCCCAGCGACGACGAUGAAAUGACGGACGAGAACCUGGUGGGCGCCAAGGUGUCCUCCGCGUAUAGUCUGCAGCGCCAGUCCUUACUGGACAUGUCCCUCAUCAAGCUGCAGCUCUGCCACAUGCUGGUGGAGCCCAACCUGUGCCGCUCCGUGCUCAUCGCCAACACGGUGCGGCAGAUCCAGGAGGAAAUGACCCACGAUGGGAGCUGGGUGGUCACCGAGGCCUUCUGCGGCGGCACCCAAAGCCCGUCAGAGCGUCUGGUGGCUACUGAGGUUCUCUGCCGGUCGCGAGAGCAGGAGUCCGAGCCGAAGCUCUUCUCGGUCAUCAGCUAUGAAGGAAUCAGCCGUGAGGAGGAGGUGGUGGCGGAUGAGACGCUGUGUUCUGUCUCGGUGCACGAUUCCGCCUCUGACGUGUGUCUCUCGGAGACCUCGAGUCGUUGCUGGGACACGUCCGAGGACUCGCGGGAAAGCUCCAGGCUUGGCCCCGGAGACGAUGACGACGACGACGAAGAGGAGGAUGAAGACGAGGAGGAUGAGGACGAACAAGAAAGUUCCUCUAGACAGGACCCAAAGUCUAUGGGGCAAGUUUUCGGUACGUUCGAGAUCAAGAACGGCGCUUCGGGUCCGGACUCGGCUCUCGAGGAGCUGUUCUCGGACGUGGACACGUCGUAUUACGACCUGGACACCAUGCUCACAGGCAUUCAGAGCACGGCGCCCAAGAUGGGUCCGUACGACCUGCUGGACAGUUUGAGUCCGUCUCACACGCCCACGUCUAUAAACUCGCCGUCAAACUGCCGCUCUGAUCUUAACGAACUGGACCACAUCAUGGAGAUCAUCGUCGGUUCUUAGACCAGAGUCGGCUUGGAGACUAGUACACUUGUCUGGUUUUUGUUCUUUUCAUGUUUUUCUACCUGUUGUGGAAGUUCAGUCUGCAGUCCUUUCAGGGAAAGGAGUGUGUGCGCUUGCGCGUGUUUGUGUGUGUCUUCUAAAAGAAUGGCCUUGAUUUUAUCAGCUGACCAGUUAUCUUAUUGCCGUACCUUUUCUAUGUUUAUCCUAUUUGUCUGCCCCCUUUUUUUAAUUUUAAAUAUGUAUUUAUUUCCUUCUUGAGUCCAUUAACACUACAGGACAGGAUGGAGAGCAGAACCAGAUGUAUACGAGACUGAAAAAAAAAAAGAUAUUUUCAUAAAGAUGAAACUGUAAAAUGAUGAAUAUAUAUUUUUUACAACAGAUUCUGCUUGCUAACUGUUACAGUGCACUCGGGUUCCAACGUUAUCGCAGAUCGGUUAUUGAUGUCAUGAUAUACCGCUUCUUUUCUUUUUUUUUAUUAUUCCUUUCAGGAUUGAGAGACGGCAGUAAGAAUAGAGCGAUGCACGACUUAAUUAUUAUAAUUUUUUUUUAUUGUAGCACACUUCUUUAGGUGCAUUUUGGCACCAGGUAUUUUAUGUUAUUUUUUCCCAUCAGUAUCUGGGCAAACCGUUUUUUUUUUUUUUUUUUUAAUAUUAGAAGUCAUAGUGUUCUUAUAUUUGUUUUAGCGACAAAUGAAGAAUAAUGGGGACGUCCCAGUCUAUAUAGUGACUUUUAAUUUAUUUUUAUUUAUUUGUUGCAAACUUUACGUGUCGAGUGUUGGCUAUUGGUCAAGCUCAGGGCAGAAGAGACUUCACGGGCGUGACCCGCCCCGGACCCCUAAACCAGUACUUCAUUUCAGUUUUUUUUUUUAUCUGAAAGCCUUUGAUGUGUGUGAAGAACAGGUCCGCUAGUUUUUGAUCCUCAUCUACAGAUAAGAUCAUCUGGUCGUAGCUUUAUUCUCAUCAUAAAGUCUCUGAUCAGGUUAAUAAAUCCUGACUCGCGUUGUGUUUUACAGCCUGCUGUCUACGCGCGGUCUCGCCACGAGCUAUACGGUAACACUUCUCUCUGAUCCUAUGCAUUGAGUGUUGCGAUGCACUUCCUAUGCACAGAGUGUUCGAGCACAUUUUAAAGUACAGUAUUGACUUCAACUUUGUAUUAGAGAGAGGAUGGGGACAUUUAGCGGUUGUCUUCCUGUUACACAGACUUGGAUUCGGUCAUCAAUUCAGGGGGGGGCGGGGGGGAGGUAAUAAGAUGAUAACAGUACGUUAAUUCGAGUGGAUGUUAUUCCUCUCUGCUUUACGUGGGUUUCAUUUUUAAGUAUGAUAUCAAUCUAGAGUAGAGCUUAAAAAACAUUUUAUAUGUGCAUUGUAGCAUUUUUUAUAACAUUUUUAAUAAAAAAGCACAAAUAAUGAAAAAAAA